AUGGCCUCGAGAUUAUCGGCGCAAUUGCUAGUGCCUUUGGCGAGGACGUCCGUUCGCUGUCGGGCUGCAUCCGCUCCAGUCUUCUCGGUUCUCGCCGGCCGACAUGCCAUCGCCACUCCUGCUCCGACGGAGCUUCAGAAACGGUAUAGCUCUCAUUCUCCGCUGGGGGCCACCUCGGCCAAUCCCCGGAAGAAGGUAACUAUGCAGACGUUACGGAACCUCUACAAGAAGGGUGAGCCAAUUACGAUGCUUACGGCGCAUGACUUCCCCAGUGGCCAUGUUGCGGAGAUGGCGGGGAUGGACGUGGUCCUGGUCGGUGACAGCUUGGCCAUGGUCGCCCUCGGCAUGGAGGAUACGAGCGAGAUCCUCAUGGACGAGAUGUUGUUGCACUGUCGGAGUGUUGCACGUGCUGUCAAGAGUGCAUUCACGGUCGCCGAUCUCCCUAUGGGAUCUUAUGAAGUCUCCCCCGAGCAGGCUGUUCAGUCUGCCAUCCGCAUCGUGAAGGAGGGUCGCGUCCAGGCUAUAAAGCUCGAGGGUGGUGCUGAGAUGGCCCCGUCCAUCAAACGUAUCACGCAAGCUGGUAUACCUGUGUGCGGUCACAUCGGGCUUACGCCUCAACGUCAACAUGCUCUUGGAGGAUUCCGGGUUCAGGGCAAAACGACCGCCAGCGCAGUGAGGCUUCUGAAGGAUGCUCUAGCUGUCCAAGAGGCUGGCGCAUUCAUGAUGGUUUUGGAAGCGGUGCCCGCUGAGAUUGCCGCCCUCAUCACGAAGAAGUUGCGUGUCCCCACGAUUGGCAUUGGUGCUGGAAACGGAUGUUCCGGACAAGUCCUGGUCCAGAUUGAUAUGACCGGAAACUAUCCCCCGGGCCGGUUCCUUCCCAAAUUUGUCAAGAAGUAUGGCGACGUCUGGGGAGAGGCUAUUAGGGGUAUCCAACAAUACCGUGAUGAAGUCAAGAGCCGGGCGUAUCCUUCCGAAGAAUACACCUACCCCAUUGCGAAGGAGGAAUUGGCCGAGUUUGAAAAGGCCAUCGAGCAUUUUCACAAAGAAUAA